AUGAGUUAUAAAACAGUGUUUAAAGCUUUAUUCGCACUCGUAAUAGUUGCUCUUUUACAGUCAGCCAUCUAUCUCCUAGUAGUAAAGAAGAGCAAUGUUGAAGAGUCUAGAGCAGCAAGUCCUUCAGAGAAGAAUCGUCCCGAGUUUAGUUCACCCUAUCAUCAUCAAAUGUUUUUAAAUUAUUCUUCGAGGAUAUUUACGGAGAGUGAUUAUUCUCAUCAACGUCCAGGAUUUUCCGAAAUUAUGAAACAUGAUUUGAAAGAGUUGUAUAAAUCAAUGAUUAAUGUGGAUGAUCAGGUGAAUAGAGCAUUAUCUAUUUCUCUGGAUCGUCCAAUUGAUUUUAGUAAAAUGGAUACGUAUAGAAGAAGGAUUAGAAGAUAUUUUGAAAAGGAUAGAGUUUGGGAUAGUUCUAUGCAUAAACAUCAAAUAACCUAUUCACCAUUUGAUUCAGUUGUGGUACCUGCAGAUUAUUUCCUUGAAAAUUAUCCAAUUUAUCGUAAUUUUGUACUUCCACACACUGAAAUUUACAUGUUGAGAGAAAAGAAUGUUCAUGCCAUCUAUGAUAAUGACUAUUCCACAACAUUACAAACUCUUGCAAAACAUAUAGUUGGAGAGGAGUGUUGGAAAAAAAAGAUUGUAAUGCUUCAUGAUACAUUUCAUUUCCAUUCUGGUGGACCUAGAAAAGUAGGAAUUACUUUAAUGUCUGCAUUGAAACUUAUUGGAAAGGAAUUUAUUUCUACUGAGGAUAUUGAUAGUCCUGAUGUAUUGAGUGCAGAUGCUAUGUAUUCCUAUCAUCCAAUUCAACAUACAAAAGUUGUUGAUAGACUUUUAAGAGAAAAGCUAAAAGACAAUUUCGUAUAUUUUGUUGGACCUACCAUAGCACCUGAUAUACAUGCACAUCAUUACAGUAGAUUGGGAGAUAAAGUUAGAGUUUUAACAGCUUCACAUUGGGUAAAAUAUCAUGACUAUGGUCCUGCUCUACCAAAAUCUAUGAAAUUAUUGGUUUAUCCAACACCAAUUAACACAAAAAUUUGGUCACCAAAACCAAAACAAGAACCUCCAAGUAUGGAUGGUGUAUUAUAUAUCAAGAAUUGUGGACAGGGAGCUCCAGAGACUGUUAAGAGUCUAACUGAAUCAUUAUUGAAGAAUAAUGCAUACUUUUCCAAUAGUACUCUCCAUUUUUUUGGUUAUGGUGGAUAUACUGAGCCACAAUAUUGGAAAUUAUUGAGAGAAAAGGCUAGAUUUGCUGUUGUGUGCGUAUCAACAGAAACUCAGGGCAUUGCUCUCGAAGAAAUGAUGUCCAUGAACAUUCCUCUCUUUAUUUUAUGGGACAAGGGAAAUUCUUACAGAGAGGCUGAUUCACCAACUUCUGUUCCAUAUUUCUCUGAAGGAAAAACAGGAGUAAUCUCAAAAUUUAGUGAGAUGCCUACUACUUUUCCUGAUUUCUUAAAAAAGGUCGAAACCAAUCAGUUUCAACCAAGACAGUACGUUGCCAAUGUGUUCAAUUAUUUUGAUUUGGCCGUUUCAUUUCUCGAUAUGGCUUGUAAUUUGAAAAGCACUUUCGAACCAAGAGAAGAAUAUUUAUCAAAAUUUAAAAACAUGUAA